CACUUCCGGCCUUUGUGGGUCGUCGGUUUCCCGGGUGCCGCUGUCCAGCCCGGGACCUGGAGCUUCCCUGGACCCCGAGGGUAUCUCCUCCUAAAUAUUAAAUCAUAGAAUCUUAAAUCUGUGAUCCCUUUGCCCUUCUAAGUGAAAUCCAGAAUGGAUUCAACAGAGGAACAGGAUGGACUUAAGAUUGUGAAGGUGGAGGAAGACCCUAUCUGGUACCAAGAAACCUGCCUUCAAGAGAACAGCUUUUCUGGCCAGGAGGCCUCCCGCCAACUUUUCAGGCAUUUUUGUUACCAAGAGACUCCUGGUCCCCGAGAAGCACUGAGCCGGCUCCGGGAGCUCUGUCAUCAGUGGCUGAGGCCAGACACACACAGCAAGGAGCAGAUGCUGGAGCUGCUGGUGCUGGAGCAGUUUCUGAGCAUCCUGCCUGGGGAGCUCCAGGCCUGGGUGCGAGCGCAGCACCCGGAGAGCGGGGACGUGGCGGUGGCCGUGGUUGAAGAUCUGGAGAGGGUGCUUAAUGAGCCAGAGAACAAGGCCCCAGGUUACGGACACAGACAUCCUGACAUGCUCUCAGAGGAUGUGGUGCAUCUGAAGGCCAAGCAGGAAUCAGCAGCCAUCCAGCUUCAGUCCGUGGUGACACAGCUCAGAUGUGAAUCUUUUCGUCCCUACAAAUUUGGAGAACAUGAUGUUGAAACUAUACCUGAAAUCCAGGAUUUGGCAUUGAAGCAAGAAGUCUUAAAAGAAACGGAACAUUUUGGGAACAGCCGACUCCAAAGAGAUGUUCCUCUAGAUUCUAAGUACAGAGAACCUUGUAAACGUGAGAGCAGGGUAGAAAAGCAGAGGGGACAUCCCACUGGAGAGAGACGUCACAGGUGUAGUGAAUGUGGGAAAAACUUUACUCAGAAUUCAGUCCUCAUUCAGCACCAGAGAAUCCACAGUGGGGAGAAGCCCUAUGAGUGUGAAGAAUGUGGGAAGACCUUCAGCCAGAGGUCGGGCCUGAUUGAACAUCAGCGGAGCCACACUGGAGAGAGGCCCUAUCAAUGUAAGGAGUGUGGGAAAGCCUUCAGUGCCAGCAAUGGCCUCAUCAGACACAGGAGAAUCCACACGGGGGAGAAACCAUAUGAAUGCCAACAGUGUGGGAAAGCAUUCCGCCUGAGCUCUUACCUUGCUCAGCAUCAGAGGAUACACACUGGGGAGAAGCGCUAUCGGUGUAAGGAGUGUGGGAAGGCCUUCAGUCAGAACGCAGGCCUCUUCCAGCAUCUCCGAAUCCACACUGGGGAGAAACCCUACCAGUGCAGUCAGUGCGGUAAAGGCUUUAGCAGGCGAACACUCCUUAUAAAACAUCAGAGAAGCCACACUGGAGAGAGACCCUAUGAGUGUGAUGAGUGUGGGAAGGCCUUCAGUCAUCACAGCAACCUCAUUAGGCACUUCAGAAUCCACACUGUCGCCAAACUGCACUGAUUCUAUAGUCACGCAGGCCCCUAAGUUGGGCCGUCUUGGAAAGUACGGUUUUUCAAGUGGCUAAUUUUUGUUCCUAUCAUGCUGGGUGGUUUUUUUUUUGCUUUGAAAUGAGUAGCUUGUCUGCAAACCAGAUGCUGGUGUCUCCUGGGUGGAUAACUGCAGAUAGCCUCCUUAUCCCUCAUCCCUUGGUCCAUUUCUAAUGGUUUUCCCGUAAAAGAAACAAAUCUUACCUGGAAAUAAAUUGGUAUGGAGGUUCCAUUCUUGAGUAAUACUGACUACUGAACAAUUCUAAAAGACUAGCAUCUUUUUAGUAGUCUUUUUAAAAGAGUAGUACUCUUUUUAAAAGUAGGUAAAGUCAAAGGAUAUUCAGAGAUUUUUUUCUUUUCUGUAAAGGUUACAUUUUAAGCACAUUUAAGGUUUUGGGGGAUAAGAGUCAUUUUCAUUCCUAUAGGAAAUCAUUGCCAUGGUCUCCCUAGGAAUGCAAUGUAUGGUGUCUUUGAGGCCUUUAUCGGGAGGGGUGUCAAACUCAU